AUGUCACUCUUUGGCACUUCACCCGAUCGCGUUCCCUCUCGUUGUACGACCCCAGUGACGCCUAGAACAGAUAGAUGUCCUGAUGCACCACUUGGCGCACGCGAACCUAAUCUCUAUUACCCUCACCCGCGUCGAUCAUCUUCGCCUAAUGCCAAACGAAGAGAUCGAUCCAAAGACUCGAAAUCACCUCGUCAAAUUCGACCGGCUCCCAGUAUCACUGCGAUGUCAUUGUUCACCUCUUUUGCUUUUGCUGAGGUAGAAAAAGAAACAAACGCAGUGUCUCGCUCUUGUCCCCCAAAACCGAUUCGCCGAAGAUUAAACAAAUACUCUAGUGCUUCUGAAUUAGAAUGUGCACUUGGAAGUGUUUGUUUAAACGAACAAAAAAGUGGUGAAGAACAUGAGUUACAAGAGUACAGCCCCCGAUCGGUAAAAACUAAAAGGAUGCGAGAUUUGAUCGAAGUAGACCAAAACGCAUCAGAUCACGAAGAUUGUAGGGUGGGAGUCGGACAUGAUGAAAAAGGAGUGUUUUGGAAGAACUUAAGUCUGCCAGUACGGCAGUCUGCCAGUACGGCCUAUAUCGGGAUUUACAGCCUGACAUCUAACUUUAGGGAUAUCAUUCCUUUCAUGUUUGUUGUUUGGUGA